AUGAACGUCCUCCUCACACUGGUGGGACAACUCCCAAGUUCACAACAGAGAUGUUCUCACAACUGGCUGCACGGACACCUCCUGCAGAUCAAAGCCCUCUUUCACAGAGCUACUUGUGCUCACAGUGCAAUACCUGAGCUGAAGGAGGCAGUAAACAAAGUGGAGGCAUCACUGUGGUUGGCCACUGCAGCCCAGCGCUGCGCCCUGGUGAAAAAGGCAUAUGUUGAAGUAGUAGAAACGGUCAUACAAUCCUGUUCAGAACCUUUCCUUUCACAACUUCAUAACAUACUGUCUGAAGACCUCUUAAAGCUUCAACAAGGGAUCCAGAUCGGUCGUUCAUGCUUCCAUCAAACAUUGAUCAAGUUUCUAUGCAUGCACCCCCUAUGGUCCUCUCAUAUUUGGGAACAGUUUGGUGUUUUGAGUCCUGAGGUCAGGCUUAUUCUGGUGAAAUGGACGGUGGAUGGGUGUCAUUUACUCCCAAAUAAAGAGCAAAUCUAUGAGGUGUUACAGGCAAAUCUUCGAGAUGCAUUGUUGAGCCGAUGUUUGGAAUAUCGUCAUUCGUACCUUGAGGCGCUCGUAACAGUAGGGACUUCAGGGGAGACUCAUGAUGUUGAAGAUGAAAAAAGUGGUCCUGAGUUUCUGUCUCAAGCCCUGGGUGCAGUUGGACUACUUCUCCCUCACUGUUCCAGCUUCACUACUAUUGAGCGAUGGUGUAAAGUUCUGAAGCAGCACUGUUUAGCGCAGGCUCCCGAAGGUCUCAGAAUGGCCUGUGCAAAGGCUUUGGUGUUGGCUGGAGUCUCUCUUCUAAGUCUCAGAAUACACAGAGAAAAUCCAGCCAUAAUGAUCAGGUUGGUCAGUAUAGGCCUGAUCUUACUUCAGGACCAAAAUGUGCAGAUCCGAGUGAAAGCAGCAUAUUUUGCCUCCAUGUUAAAGCACAUUUCUGAAAGAACUCAGGGGAGCAUCUUUGUGAUGCAAGUGAACAUGGCCCUGCCCUUCCUCCUCCAGCAGCUCACAGAGCAGUGUUCCGAGACUGGGGCUCUGGAAAUCCUCUUCUCUUAUUUGCCAUCGACAGGACUCAAAUUAGUUCAGAAAAAAGCCCUGCAAAACAGGUGCGUCACUCUAUAUGAGCAGGACGAGGCCAAUGUGUUUGCAGAGCAUUCGGUGAUGUGUGCUCACGUGCUUCCGUAUUUACUGCAAAUGGCGGAUAAAUACAGUCAGUCACCGUCUUUGGCAAAAUACGUAAACGUUUGGGCAAAAGAGAGUGGCCCAUCACUGCUGGAAGACCUCCUGGUUUGCCAAGAGCUCCCAUCAGGUGAUAUGCAGACAUGGCUGACCCUGCUCAUGGACACUCACUUUCACAGCACACUUUGUGGCAUGUUGACCCGAGCUGCCCUCCUCAUCCGACUCAUGAAGGAAUCUAAAUCUUUCCCAGACGUCUGUGAGCGCUCCACUCUGCAGCAGGCUGCACUUGCAGCCCACCGUGUGUUAAGGAAAAAUGGUGUCCACUUUUCCUGUUCUCUCCCAGCUGCUGUUUUGGGGGAGUCUUCCAAGUGA